AUGCUCUUGUCAGUUCAUUGGCAGAGAACAGGGGAAGACAUGAGCGGCCUCAAUUUGCAGGAUUUGUGCCACUUGCAGGAGAACAUCUCUGAAUCUCUAGCUGAGAUACGUGAAAGAAAGUACCACGUGAUCAAGACUCAAACAGAUACCUUCAGGAAGAAGGUGAAGAACUUAGAAGAGCAACAUGGAAACCUCGUGCUUGAUUUGGAAGCAAAAAGUGAAGAUCCAAAGUAUGGUGUAGUGGAAAGUGAGGGACAGUACAACUCUGCUAUGGCAUUUGCCAAUGGAGUACACAACCUCUAUGCUUUUCGCCUACAAUCGUUGCACCCCAAUCUUCAAAAUGGAGGAGAAAUUGGUUCUCGUAAUCUACACCUUGCUUGAAAACAGCAAUUUGGC